AAAUCUAUAAAUAGAUCAUGAUUAAUACGAUGCUAUCGCCGUUUAAACGGCCCUAACACCGACAAAUGGAGCAUCACUUGAAUUAGGUCGCCGCCUCGCCAUUUGAUUUCUUUGCGCAUGACGUCAGCACAUGUAAACACAAAAUUCCAUCGUUUAAACGGCGAUAGCAUCGUAUUAAUCAUGAUGUAUUUGUAGAAUAAUCUUCCGAUAACUGAAUCCUCGCGUCUUGGAGGAUGGGUCCGCGAAAUAAAGUUGUAAGAGGCCGCCUUCUUUUGUCAAAGUCAGCUUCUCCAUCCGUGGAACCGAUAGCCUUCUACGCUUAUAUGUCCAAAUCAGAACCUGCACCUAUCACUCACCAUACAUUGGUCUUUGAUGUCGAGAAAACAAAUCUCGGAAACGGAUACAAUAAAUACAGCGGGACGUUUGUCGCACCCGCAGCGGGGGCGUAUGUGUUCACCUGGACAAUCAACACUAACCCACACGGCGCACACUUCAUCAACUUAAUGGUCAACAAUGCGGUUGUUGGGGGAUCUCUGACAGACACACAAGAUGCUAACGACUACGACUCGGACUCAUCCACUGUGGUGGUCGCCUUAAACACGGGGGACAGUGUCAAUCUCCGGACCACAAGUGCAAGUGACCGGGCUCAAAUCUACGUUGAUAUUCACGCUUUCACGUGCUUCUCAGGAUGGAUGAUUUAAUAUAAAUUAUAAAUAACAACGCAAA